AUAGGUUUUUGUUUUUUAAACGAAUGGCAAGUUUACGAUAGAGCGGCACGUAAUUAAUUUCAACAGUUAAUAAAACGGGAAAGUGCUAUCAUUUCAGUAAACACGGUGCAUCGUCCCUGCAAGGUAAUUCGCAAUCGAGCGAGGGCGCGAGUUUCGUUCGCGGUCGGCCGGGAGUCGUGGUUGGUCGGGCAGCGAGCCCGAGGACGGCCGAUCGUCGACGGCCACGGCCGAAUGCGCGAAGCGCCAGCGCUGGCCGAGCCUGAACGGAGCGCUCGGGUCAAAAUAUAUUCAGUAUAUUCUAAACAAGCGCGCGACGUGCUGUCACGUUUUGUUUGUGCGUGCGAACCAGUGUCCCGUCGAACGAUUCGCUCGAAUAUCAACUGGUGACAUUGCGUUCGAGUGCUCCGAAUCACGCGUAACCCAGUGGCCACGGUGUAAAUUCAAAAACUCCCGUCAGUGAUACCACAAACGAAUCGAACGGCUAGCGCGCGGUGAAAUUCGGAAGAGUAACAACGCGUCAGAAGAUACGAGAGGAGAGACUCUCUGCCAACUAGGCGGACUGCCAACGCGAGUCGGUUCGAAGAGGAGGUGAAAAACAUCCCGUUCGAGGAAUACGACCGUUUGUUGACGUUUUCACACGAGAGAUCGUCAAAUCGUACGGGAACCAUGGCCUUCGAUUCCACGGAAAACAAAAUUCUACGCGUUGUAUGAGUGCCUGAGACGGAAGGGAGAAUUAGUUCCUCGAACACUUUGCUUCCUGAAAAGUUCGUCGAGUGGUGAAUAAAGAACAAGAAGAGGAAUCGAGAUCGAAGAGACGACGAGCAACCACUAAGAGAAGAAAGGAAACGAAGGAUAUCGUCAAUUACUGUCGCCCUGGAACAAGAAUGGACAAUGAAGGAGCGCAGCUCGAGCUUGUAGUAGACGAGCGGUCGUCCUCACGGUUGGUGCCACGACGAACGUCGACCGAAUCCUGCAACGUUCGAUCAUUCACCCUGCAGGUGUUGCGCACGGCAGGCACGAGGUCGACAGGUGCAAUAAUCGGGGGUGACCCGGUUGCUGCCGCCGGGGCGGCGAUGCGACGAUGAGCUCGCCGAGGAUACUGCUAGCCCUCUACACCCGACCAAAGCCCCGAUUAGUAGCAAGGCCGGGUCGCCUCGCAAGCUGUCGCAAGGUCGAGUACAGAGAAGAGGAAGCCGGUUCAAGGCCGAAAUUAUUCGCCUGGCCAUGGACCUCGAGGCGAGGAACGGGACUGGCGGCAACCACGACGAGGAAUACACGAAUAUUUACUUCAUCGUCGGCGAUCGCAGGGAGACGGCCACCUACAAAGCGGAUCAGGUCACGGAUAUGGAGCUUAAGGAACUCUUUAGAAAUGCGGCAGAGGCUGGCCCUCUGGACAUCGUGAAGCUUCGCAAGGAGGAGAAGCUCUUGAACAUUUCGACUAAUCUGCCGGCGAACACACCCGACACACCCUAUGUUCUUCAGAUCGUCGGAGCGCAUCCGGCCUCGUCGGGGGUGAUCGAGGCGGAAGUGCUGUGGGCUCUCGAGAGACGCGUGGCGGCCUUGGAACAGCAACUUAGGGAGCAGCAAGAAGCUCUGUACGCCUCUCCAUCCUUCGCUCUUCGUGAACUGAAGCGGCAGGUCGAUAGUUUCAAGAACAAGUUGGAACAGAACGACCAGCUGAAUUGGCUGAGUUUCUACAAACAGCUUCCAGAGCCGAUCUACGCGGAUUCUUGCCGCAGAUUGCAGUAUCGUCGGAAGAGCGACAGCAUGAAGCGGAAGGUGCGGGAAAAGUUCCUCAAUAUCUGCGACGUGUCAGUGUCAUCGAGCGUUCGAGAGUGGCUGCGUUCGCCAGCCUUUGACGCGCGACAGUGGGAAGACGAAGAGCUGCUGCUGAUGCUGCAAGCGAUGUUCGUCGAGCUCGACCUACCUCAAAAGUUUAACAUUCCUUUACCAAUCCUGAGGAACUUCCUCUACGAAGUUUACAACAACUAUAACGAAGUGCCAUUUCAUAACUUCAGGCACUGCUUCUGCGUGGCGCAAAUGAUGUACGCGAUAGCCUGGGCAGUAGAUCUUCCGUCGCGGAUCGGCGACCUCGAGGUUUUUAUACUGAUCGUCUCCUGCAUCUGCCACGAUCUGGAUCAUCCGGGUUACAACAACAUUUAUCAAAUAAACGCGCGCACCGAGCUGGCUCUGCGGUACAACGAUAUCUCUCCACUGGAGAACCAUCAUUGCUCCGUGGCCUUUCGCGUCCUGGAGGCGCCUGAAUGCAACAUACUCGCGUCCUUGGACAACGCGACCUAUCGGGUAGUGCGCGAGGGGAUCAUCAGAUGCAUCCUCGCGACGGACAUGGCCAGGCACAACGAGAUCCUUGGGCAAUUCACCGACAUCAUCCCGGAGUUCGAUUAUUCCAACAAAGCCCACAUCAAUUCGUUGUCGAUGAUACUCAUCAAAGUGGCGGACAUCAGCAACGAGGCCCGACCAAUGGAAGUCGCAGAACCGUGGCUGGACAGGUUGCUCCAGGAAUUCUUCAAGCAGAGCGACACGGAGAAGCUCGAGGGACUUCCGGUAACUCCGUUCAUGGACCGCGAUAAAGUGACCAAACCGUCGUCUCAGGUCAGCUUCAUCGGUCUGGUUCUACUUCCUCUUUUCGAAGCCCUCGGGGAACUGCUUCCAGAGCUGCAAAGUCUCAUAGUCCAGCCAGUGAGGGAAGCGUUGGAGUACUACCGUAGACUGAACGAGGCGGCGAAGGACGAGCGCCACCACAGAAAAAGCGUGGCCGACCUGGGCGAAUCGACGCCGAUGGCGACGACUCCCGGUGGCACGAGUUCGUCAGCGGUGGUAAAGUCCACCUCGUCGCACAGCAUGCGUUCCAAACGUUCAGCCGGCACGAUCCACUCGAGAUCACGAUCCACCGACGAGGACAUCACGGAGAACCUGACGGCGGAGGACGCGGAGAACCUCGAGAGCUCCGAUCCGGAGACAGCCACCGAGGUGGAGGUCAGCGAGAAGGCGUUGAAGUUCAAGAUCUCCACGGAAGGGUCCAUAGCCGGGCCGCCAUCAGGUAGGAAAAGCUACCCUGGUAGCCGGAAGGGUAGUCGAGAGAAAUCGUCACUGGAUUAUCAUAAUCACGACCUGGCCAGGGCUGUCAGAGAGCACGAAAGAAGACGCAGUAAAGGAGAGAAUCUCGGCAGCAACUUGAGCUCGCCGGUCAGCGCGAGGUCGGCGGAGGGAACGAGGAUCCUGGAGGAGCUGGAGAAGGACGAGAUGAUUCUGUUGGACAAGAAAUUUGGGGAGGGGAGACUGGUCGAGGGGAACGGUAACGUGGUGGUCGAGACGCAGCAGAGGAAUAACCUGAAGAGGACGGGUAGCUUAGCGGAGAACGAGCAGGAGGCCAGGUCUAGUCGCAAAGAGGUUCACAGGGAGUCGAUCGGUCUGCGAUGCUGCUGCGACGACAAACCGGGAUCCAACAAUCACAAGUCCCUCUUCUCGCGAUGGAGGAACUUCACGGAUCGCCUGAACAUCAGCUUCGAAUCAAGAGACUCCCCGUCGCCGAAACCCACCAAGCACCUCAUCAAGACGCUGAACAAGAGCAACUCGGUGAUCACCGCUCCCAUCGCGACCACUUCUUCCAGGCACAACAACUCCUUACCGAUCUGCAAGCGAUGCAACCUCGCGAAACCCUCGGCCAACGAGAGCAAAGCCAUCGCGACGGUGGUCGAGCUGUCCUCGGUGGACAAGCGAGCCACGACCCUGCCCAAAGUCAGGAAAUCGGCCGACUGCAAGAACAAAAGCUGGCGAACCGUCUUCGCCAAAGAGAAGAGAUCGUCCACCUCCCUGGAGACACUCCCAGGCGCGAUGUCGGAGGCCUCGUUGACGAAGCACCGACGGAACUUCUCGAACCCGGAGGGUAAAUCCCAGAGCUUGAAGGAGGUGAAGGAACCGAACCCGGACAUCGAGUUCGGGGAGAUCAACGUGCGCGCGAAGAAGCAAAAGCAGCCGGCGAUCGUCGUGAAGACCGAACACGCGUCCGGCGAGGACGUGCAAGGCGACAUAGGCAAAAUCGAGAUCAGGCGAAGCUCGGCGAGCAUGGAGGAUAUCUCGAAGAUGACCAAGCAGACCGAGUGCGCGAUGCUCGGGUCGUUUGAGCCAAAGAAAGCCGAGGAACGGCCGCACGCGGGCAGUCUUGACUCGAUGUUGUGCAAGGACACGACGAAAGUCAGGAAGAAGCCGACGUUCUCGUCGCCGUCGACCGCCAAGAAGUCGUCGCCCGGUUUGCUAUCGCGUUUCAAGUCGGGCAUGAGCGUCGACAGUGCCAGGAGCAACAGCAACAGCGACUCGUUGCACGAUCAAAGCUCCCAGUCGCCCGGCGGUUGGAUCUCCUCCUUGACGGCGAGCUUUCGGCCGAGGAGACAGGUCGCGGAGGCGCCUCUUUCGCCGCAUCCGCACCGCUCCCCGAGUCGGGAGGAGAUCAAGUGAUACGGCCUGGUGGUCGAGGACAAUUCCGAGAAACAGUUGUCGGGCCUGCACAGGUGGCUGGCUGAGAAUUUCUUUUGUUGCAGCGGUUGAACGCGGAACGUGUUUAGCAGAACUAUGAUCGGCGGAGGCGGACACACGCGUAGCCAAAGAUCGUUUACGAUGGGCAACAAGAUGGGAGGGAAGUCGAGAGGUAGUUGAGAGACACAGAUGUCGAGGGAAACCGAGAGCGACGAGCGUUUUUCGGCUGCGUUUAAACGGUCUCCGUUCGUUUGGAAACGUUGUUCGGUCUCUCGCGUCGAAUAGACUAGAAUAGAGGGGUUUCGAGAGGAAUUCGAGGCUUAUCGGGGUUUCGAGACGAUUUGCUUUUCCCAGCGACGAUCUAUACCGAGUUUCGAUGAGGAAACGGGGGAUGAGACGCCACUUGUCGGUCGAUUUCUUCUCGCGCGAGCCUCGACGGAAUCCGCCGGUUGUCGGGAACCUUUGGAUCCCUUCUCUUACUCGUCCGCCCCGACGACGGCCUGUAAAAAUAAUGAUAAAACGCGACGGUCGAAGAGAAGGGCCGUAAAUGGGGUGGGGUAGGGGGGCAAAGUCAAACGUUGUAACGAGGAUUAAAACGCGAUUCAAAUUGUCGUAGAACGUGCGUGUAGUAUGUCGAUUAGCUGUUUCCAAAUGUAGCCAGAGAAUGUGUGAGUGUAAUUAACGUUCGUAUCGAAGCCAAACUGUCGAACAGGUGGCAAAUACCAAAUAUAUGUAUAUUGCUCCUAAUUAUCGAUCUCCGUUCUGAUAGUAUAGCGGUUGAGGGAGACAAGGGGGUAGAGGAAGGGUGGAGAGAAGAGACGGAGCUUUGAACAUUGAUAAUACGCGGCGAAAACGAAUUCAAACUUCGUUGGGAUAGACGCGAAGAAAACAAUGGGGAAUGAAGGGGUUGGGGGAUGUAUGGGAUAGAGUAAGGAUGCACUUGACUUGAAGGAUGGCGAAAAAAGAAUGCGCGGUAUAUAGACUAUUUUAUUUAUUGUCCAAUUAAAAGAAUAGCCUAAUGAGUAAUCAUUAAUGUUGUUCGUUAUUAUACAUAUAUACAUAUAUAUAUACAUAAAGAAAAGAACUAUAUAUAUAUAUAAAUAUAUGCAAGACGCAAUGUAUACAAAGACGUGAAAAAUAUGCAAUCCCCAUCGAGACAAAAGCGUACAUAUAUAAAUAAAAUGAAUAUAUAUAAGGAUGGACGUCGCAUAAAGAUGGAGAAUCUAUGUAAUAAAGGAUAAGCGCGAGCGCGUAGGUAGACAAUGGAAAGAUAAAAUGGAAUCAAAAAUGCAAAACGAAAUACAGAAGAAAAAGGGGGGGAGAAAGAAAUGAAAUUAACGUCGCGAGGAACGAGAACGCACGCAGAACAUUGAUUGGUUCGUUGGAAAUUUAGUCGAAUGUUAAAAUGUUUGCUACGAUCACUGAUAAUAAUUAUACUUGCGAACCGAUGAGAUAAAAGACGAUCGCGAAUCUCAACCCUUUCGGACUUGGAAUCUAGCUAGUAGUUGGGUUUCGUUAAUUAAAAACUGCUUUUCUAAAUUAAUACAGGAAAAAUUGUCGAUGAUUAAUCAUAAAUUUUUCAUCGAUCGACAGAUAUCUGUCCUCGCGGAGCGUUUUUGAAAUGCGUCUGAAAAACGAUGAACAGGAGAGAAAGUAAGCGUAUAGAGCCUAACGUAGCCUCCGACUUAAGGAGAAUAAUAUUACCCUCGUAAUCGGUUCGUCCGCGACGCAUCACACAUACACACACACAAAUACACGUGUUUCUCAGCCUCGACACAAAUUAGUUCUCUAACGGCGUCUCGCUUUUUUCAUUUUUAGAUGUUUAUAUUUUUAUACUCCACCAGUGUGUCUGUACGGCGAUUAAAAACCGCAUGUAUUGUUGAACUCUAGUCUUACGUUAUUGUCUUCAGUACCCAAAACUCGUUUUGGGCAUUCUUCGUUUUCUACGGCGAUCGUAGAGCGGAAAGAUGAACCCUGCAUCCGCAUCGCGCGAGCGACCCUCUGCAUUCUGCGUAAUGCUUGUUCGAUUUUUCGAAGAGAUUCGUUUGAAUCGUCACGGAAAACCUUGUCGAAACUUGAAUCUCAAUUCAGGAAUUUUACAAACUUCUAUAGCAGCAUAUUUUACGGCUAAUAAUAACAGGAAAAUGUUAUAUGAUUCGGUCAAAAAUUAUUAGACAGGUUUAUUAACAAUUUUCGAAUUAACUUCUCAAAAUAUUUACGAGUAUCUCGAUACUUCGAUUACUUCCCAAUAACGUCGCAGAAAAUGGAUGACCGAGUACCAUAUUAUUCCAUACACUUAUCUCUAAUGUAAUUCACCCAGAAUUUUAUUUAUGAAUGCUUCCGUCGAAUCGACGAAUCUCUUCAGUCGGCGUUCAGGAUUUGCGCGAAUAUUUUCACUCCAGCCCUUUCCACGUCGGACAUGAGAUCUCACCGCGCGAAUCUUUCCACCCCAUUGUGGAAGCUCGUUGAAAUCUUGAACCUUAAAGAGGAUCGAAGAAAAGGAUCGACGAAUGUAAGAGACGCAACGGUGUCUUCGAGCGAGCGAGCUACGUCGAACCAUAAUAACGUUGUAUACACGCUAUAAUAUAAAUUAUUAAACUUCCAGUGGUACGAGGGAAAAAGUAUUUGAUCUAGCCAACGACGAAAUCGUUUCGAACACCUUCUCCCAUCAGCCCGCGAACGAAACGACCAUAAGUCGCGGCCUGGUCGAAUGUUCGAAUGAUCGACGUUCAAGCGCUGCGAUUCGGAGUCAAAUGCUUUUUUCGUUCUACCACUCACUGUCUGUGCCUGAC